CUUUAUUGCGCACACUUGAUUUGUUCAGCAAAGAAGUUUAAAUAAAGAGACGGAUCGUUUGAAUAACUCAAGAGAGCAGAUCAUUCUGCACCAGGAGAUAAAAUGAUGGAGCUACCCAACUACAGCAGCCAGCUAAUGCAGCAGCUGUGGGCCCUGAGGAAGGAGGGCCACUUCUGUGACUGCACCAUCCUGGUGGGAGACAGCCCUCACCGGGCACACAAACUGGUGCUGGCUGCCUCCAGCAUGCUCUUCAGGUCUCUCCUGGACAGCUCUGACACCAUCUCCAUCGACACGGCUGUGGUUUCCUCGCAGGAGUUCGGCUGUCUGCUGGACAUGGUCUACACUGGCAAGCUUCCUAUGGGCAAACACAACGUCAGUCGCAUUGUCGCUGCCGCAGACAACCUGCAGAUGUUCGAUGUGGCCGUUGGCUUUAAAAACGUCCUCACCAGCCUUGUGAAGCAGCAGCCCCAGGUCCCAGUCCCAGUCAUCUCGACACAGAGAUCGAACCUCAGCAUGAUCCACAAAGCCCAGACAGUGAACCCUGAAGGUUCAGCCUCAUCCAACAAGGAUGACUCUGCUUCAGACAAGACGGAGCUAAAGGCCAAGCUGAAAGAGGAAGACUGUCAGGGAGACGGUGACGACGCAGACGAACCACCAUGUAAAAGAACCUGUGUUGAGGAGUCCCCAGAGCCUGAAGAAGCCAAAUCCUCAGAAAGUGCAGUGGAAGAAAACAACAGCACAGGAGACAAGGUGUCCAGUGAGUCUGCCUCUGGUCUUCUGGAACAUUCCUUUCAGCUCGUGGAGCUCCUCAGCAGCAUGUCCUCUGUCCUAGAGCUGCUGAGCCAGGCAGCACAGAGCAGCCUGGAAGAGCAGGAGAGACAGGUUGUGUGUAAGUGCUGUGAGGAGACAGAUCCCCACUCAGCGCUGGAGACACUGAUGAGCAGAAUGAGGGAGGGGCAGCUCAGUGAGAGAUCGCUCGUCACGCUGCUCCGGAGUGUCCAGCAGAAAGCUCCUUCCUCCUUCCUCCCAUCACUGGUCUCUCUGCUGGAGGAGGUGGAGAGGAGCACACAGGAGCCAAACAGAGGCCAAGGCACAGUUGACUCAGAACAACAGAACGGCAGAAGUGAAGAGAAGGAGGGAGAGGAGGGAGAGGAGGAAGAGGAGGAAAACAGUAAGGAGGAGACUGAAGAUGAAGACAAAGAUAUAAAAGCUUCAACAGACUCUUCCUCCCCUCCCCCUUCCUCCUCUUCCUCCCCCUCCAAGCCUUUCUCCUGUCGCUGGUGUAAGAAGGAUUUUGCCUACAAGUGUCGGAUGCUGGCCCACGUGAAGCGCUGCCCCAUGUCCCAGGAAUGUGAGCAGCAAUGUCCACAGUGCCCCAAGAAGCUGGCCAAUCAGCGGGCCCUGCAGCGCCACCGGGCCGAAGCUCACCGCAACACCACACGUGUGAAGAAGAAGGUGGCCUGUGACCUCUGUGGACGGACCUUCGCCCACCCAUCAGGAAUGAUUUACCACAAACGGACAGAGCACUUUGAAGAAAAGCCGUUUGCUUGUGAGGAAUGUGGCGCAAAGUUCGGUGCCAACUCGUCUCUGAAGAAUCACAUGCGGCUGCACACAGGAGAGAAGCCCUACCACUGCAAACACUGUGACAUGAGCUUCAGUGUGGCUGCUGCACUCGCAUACCACACCAAGAAGAAACACUCUGAGGGGAAGAUGUAUGUGUGUCAGUACUGCAAGGCCGUCUUUGCCCAGUCCAUUGAGCUGACGCGUCACGUACGAACACACACCGGUGAUCGUCCAUAUGUGUGUCGGGAGUGUGGUAAAGGCUACAGCCAGGCCAGUGGACUGACUGUCCACCUGCAUACCUUCCACAACCUGUCAGAGCCUCAUGACUGUCAGAAGUGCUGCCUCAGCUUCUCCUCGCUGGACGAGCAUCGGCAGCACAUCCAGGAGUUCCACCCGAAGGAGUUCCACAAGUGUCCCACCUGCAACAAAGUGUUCACCAGUGCCGGCCUCUUGGACAAACACAAAGGCACACACACCGGAGCCAAGCCCUUCAGCUGCGAACUCUGCAACAAGUCCUAUCAGCAACUGUCAGGGCUGUGGUACCAUAACAGGACCAACCACCCUGACGUGUUUGCGAGCCACACCCGUCAGCUCAAGACCCUGGUCCAGUGUGAUGUUUGUUUCAAGUUCUUCCCGAGCGCCACCAGUGUGGCCAAACACCGAGCUUCUGAGCACCAAGGCUCAGCGGCGGCGGCGGCGGUGCAGUGUCCAUGCUGCCCGGCCAUGUUGGGCGGAGAGGAGGAGUUGCAGGAACACGUCAGCAGCCAGCACAUUGGCCAGAGCAGUGAGGCAUUGAGCUGCCUCCUCUGCUCCCUGGUCUGCAGCACACAGCUGGAGCUGCAGGAGCACCUGUUCUCCUGCCACAUGGACACACAGGAGGAGCAGGAGGCUGGGGAGGAGCAGGCCUCCACCUCCCACACGGUGAUUUCAGGGGAUCCCACAGAUGGGGAGGGGGCGGAGCCAGUCACCCCUGAGGAGCAGGCUCAGCUGGCAGCUACCCAGCAGGUUUUUGUGGCUCUGGCAGGUGGAAGAGAGGGCGGCUCAUCAGGGGAGGUGGUGGAGGUCAACAUGUACGACCUGCUGAACAACUCAGUCACCUUCAUCUGUGAGGACAAACCAGCAGGCCCUCAGUCUUAACCACCUUUCACCCCUGGAGGAUCUGGGACCUGGAGAUUUAUGGUUUCAUUGUCUCCUCUGAUCAUUAACAAUAACACAGGCUGAACUGUCAGCGUUCACAGGCCGUGGACUGUUGUGUUCAUGUUUCAUCCACCAAAGUCUUUUGCUGUAAAUAAAUGUGAUGAAAUGUGAGUUUCACAUUAGUUACUGUACAGAGACCAGGCUGCCUUAUGAAGGGCGUCCCCAAAGAGCAUGAGAGUCAAACACUAAUACACUGACACCUUGUCUGCCUGCUCCCCUCAGACACAGUGAGGGUCCAUGAGUAGUCUCAAUCUUACUCGCAUUUUGUUGAGCUUUCAACCGCAGCUGAGCAAACUCCAUUCAUUCUGAUGAAGACCAAGACAUGGUUGUCCUGUUUGUUUAUGUAAAUUAUUUUUUUUGUUGCCCUAGUGUGUGUGUGAGUCUGAAUAAACUCCAGCGUGUGUGUUCAUGGUGAUGCAGGAACAUGUGACCCAGAGUAACUGAGACUAAAUAGUGUGUUUUAAUAGUGCUUGGAAACAGUGGAGCUCAAUGGCUCAGUUCACACCUGCAUUUAAAAUGUGUCUCCAGUGACCACUUGUGAUCAGAUCUCACUUUCAUGUGGUCCAGACCUCCUCUGAAUGCGGUCUGAGUGAUCGGAUCUCAGAUGCGUCCUCAAUGCGUCUUGGGUUUGUUCACACCUGAACUUAGAGCUGACCAUUGGUGAUCAGGUGAGACAGAUGUUAAUGCAGGUGUGAAGAGGUGUGAACAAAGUCCAUGGAGCAGAGGAAUCAGAGACAUCAGGCUGUGAUUCACAUUAAACACUUGUAGGAAAUAAUCACUGUUGCUUUUGGUUUUAUUGUCAACAAUGAGAAAAAUAUCGAGUAUGAUCAAACUUCUAUAGAAUGACACUGGAACGUGAAAGUACGUGUGGCUGAACUGAAUUCCGGUAUAUUCUCUGCUGCUGUAACUGUAGAAACUAGUAUGACUGUUUCUUCUACACUGGAUCUCAUUGUGUGUGCGUGUGUCCUUGAGUCUGAAUUACUGAUGUGUCACAGUGUCCACUUUGUCCAAGAGCAUUAAA